GCGCUGGCUUUCGCGUCCCGCCUGAGGGGCGGCGGGUUGGGGCGCCAUGGACUACGCGUGGGACAGCUUCAGCAACAGCCUGUCCGAAGAGUUCCAGUCCGAAAUGCAUAUGUGAUACAUUUUGACAUUCACUGCUAAGAUGAAAUGCAGAAAUGAACACCACACACUCAUUUUAGUAUUCUGAGGUAUGAUUAGAUGUACUUUAUCAUGUUUUUAUGCUGCUGACCUAUAAGGGGGAAAAAAAACAAUAAUAGGGUAACAGUUAAGUAACACCUAGGACCCGCAGCCUCAGUACUUCUGGAGUGACCUGAAACAUCACAAGGAGGGUUUUAUUACAGCAUAUUCACACCUCAUCUGAGCCCUCAGCCUGGGCUCAUACACGUUUCCUUCAUCAGAAGUUGUAACCAGGCACUUUACCUCCCAAGAUGGCCAACAGUCUCCCAACAGAGUUUGAUGUGGUUGUAAUAGGGACAGGUCUGCCCGAAUCCAUCCUUGCAGCUGCAUGUUCCAGAAGUGGUCAGAGGGUUCUGCAUCUUGACUCAAGAAGUUACUAUGGAGGAAACUGGGCUAGUUUCAGCUUUUCAGGAUUGCUCUCCUGGUUGAAGGAGUAUCAGCAGAACAGUGACAUUGGGGAAGAAGGUAGCACCGCAUGGCAAGACCUGGUCUAUGAAACAGAAGAAGCCAUCACUCUUUGCAGGAAGGAUGAAACCAUUCAACACACAGAAGUUUUCUGUUAUGCCAGUCAAGAUGUGAAUGAUAACGUUGAAGAGACUGAUGUUCUGCAGAAAAGUCCUUCCUGGGUCGCAUCUAGUACCCUCAUUAAACCUCUGGAUUCUGCGUGCUUAUCUGAAGAAACACAUCCGUUAUAUGUGAGUAGCUAUGAAAUGCCUGCCAAAGACACUACAAAAAACAAUGGAGAAGUAACUGAUGCAGCAGAAACCCUGGUGAAAGAAUAUUGUAGAUAUAAAACUUAUAAACACACAGUUUCAGAUGGAGCUAAAGACGAAACCAGACCUAUCUUGGAAGACAACAGUGAUCCACCAAAGAGAAAUAGGAUUACUUACUCUCAAAUAGUUAAAGAAGGCAGGAAGUUUAAUAUUGAUUUGGUGUCAAAGCUGCUUUAUUCUCAAGGAUUGCUAGUUGAUCUUUUAAUCAAAUCAAAUGUUAGUCGUUAUGCAGAAUUUAAAAAUGUCACUAGGAUUCUUGCAUUUCGAGAAGGAAAAGUAGAACAGGUGCCUUGUUCCAGAGCAGAUAUCUUUAAUAGCAAAGAGCUCACAAUGGUUGAAAAGAGGAUGCUAAUGAAAUUUCUUACAUUUUGUUUAGACUAUGAACAACAUCCUGAUGAAUACCAAGCUUUUGUGCAGUCCUCAUUUUCAGAAUACUUAAAAACCAAAAAAUUAACCCCCAACCUCCAGCAUUUUGUACUACAUUCAAUUGCAAUGAUGUCGGAGUCACCUUGCACUACAAUAGAUGGCCUUAAAGCAACAAAGAACUUUCUUCAGUGUCUUGGACGGUUUGGCAACACUCCCUUUUUACUUCCCUUGUAUGGCCAAGGCGAAAUUCCCCAGUGUUUCUGCAGAAUGUGUGCAGUCUUUGGUGGAGUCUAUUGUCUUCGCCAUAAAGUACAAUGCCUUGUAGUUGACAAAGAAUCUGGAAGAUGUAAAGCAAUUAUAGAUCACUUUGGUCGAAGAAUAAGUGCUAAAUAUUUCAUUGUGGAGGAUAGUUACCUUUCUGAGGAAACAUGCUUAAAUGUGCAGUACAAGCAGAUCUCCAGGGCAGUGCUCAUUACGGACCAGUCUGUACUAAAGGCAGAGUCAGAUCAGCAGAUUUCCGUUUUGAUAGUGCCUCCAGUGGAACCAGGAGCAUGUGCUAUUCGCAUCACUGAACUGUGUUCUUCAACCAUGACAUGCAUGAAAGACACCUAUCUGGUACAUCUGACCUGUUCAUCUUCUAAAACAGCAAGAGAAGACUUAGAAUCAGUGGUGAAGAAAUUAUUUACCCCAUAUGCUGAAACAGAGAUAGACAAGGAAGAACUUAAAAAGCCAGGACUCUUGUGGGCUCUUUAUUUUAAUAUGAGAGAUUCCUCAGGAGUCAGCAGAAGCUCAUAUAAUGGCUUGCCUUCCAAUGUUUAUGUCUGCACUGGGCCUGACUGUGGACUAGGAAGUGAGCAUGCAGUCAAGCAAGCUGAAACACUGUUCCGGGAGAUCUUUCCAAGUGAGGAAUUCUGCCCACCACCUCCAAAUCCAGAAGACAUUUUCUUUGAGGGUGAUGACAAGCAGCCAGAGCCUUCUGGAACCAGUAACAUAGUGAUGGCCAAACUAGAAUCCUCUGAGGGAAGCAAAAACCUACAAAGCCCAGGAAAGCACCUUCAAAAUUAGAAAAAAAGCAAACUGGAAGUGCUAUUUUGGACCUUCAUCCUGGCAUCAGAAUAUUCUUACUUAAAGGACAAUUUCCUAUAUGAGUGAUUAUAUAAUGAAUGCUAUGCAGAUGUUGUCUAUAAUUCUCCUUGAGACAUUGUCAUUGGAUGUCUUUGUAAACCUGUCAAUAAUCGAUUUAUUGGUUAUUGGACUACUUUGUUUCCGAAUGGGCUCCAUGACUCAGAACCUUAAACAGGACUAGCUUUAUUUUAGCACUGGAUGUGUAUGUGAGGAUUCCAUAAUAGCAGUGGUGCGUAAAGGAAGGUCAUAUUGUAUCUGCUACUGAUCUUCAGAUUUUAUUAUUGUCUACAGAACAAUAAUAUCUAAGGAAUAUUUUAAUUACUUAUGCAGCUUAUUACAGUUGCUACCACCUCUGAAUAGUGAAACACACACACAGUGGAAGUUAUGUGGGUCUUUUGUUUAUAAUAUAAACAUAUAAACAUAGUUGCAAUAGCAACUAAUGCAAGUGCCACUAUGAUAAAAUACUUUUGUCUGUAAUUGUUGAAAGAAUAGCUUUGCAUGAUCCUUUAUUUGUGAAGGUGAUGUUUACAGUACAUCCUACAGCUUAAUUCUCCUACUUGACCCUUGUAACCAGUGAGACAGUGACACCACCGUAGUCUUCUACAUUGCAAAAAGAGUCAGAGAGUUCAGUUAGUAGUUGAAGUGCUCAUUCUUGGGAGGUUUGGUCCAAAAAAAAUCUAGGGGAAAAGAUUAGUUCUAUUUUAAUAUUUCAGAAAAUUUCUGCAGAGCACUGCUCUGGCAUGUAAAAGAAAAUAAUUUCUAAGUAACUGAGACUAAAAGAAAAAAUAAAUUGCUCCAGGAAAAUAUAUUUUAGAAUGCCUGUUCUGAAAUUCUUAAGGAGAAACUGAGUGAAGCAUUUUUAACUUGGGAUUUCAGAUGGUUUUUAAUAGCCACUUGUAAAUAGAUUUGCCAAGGUUUCUUGAUGAAAGUGAAGUACUGUUUGGCUCCACCACUUGAAUUAGCAGCACUAGCUACAAUUGAUAGGAGUGAAUCAAAGGAGGAUUUACCAUGUCCCUCUGCUUGUGUCCCACCCCACAAAUAAUGAGGUAACCACCUUCAUAAUCAACUCCUACCGCUUAGCGUUAUCUGGAGGAUAGAAACUUUUUUUUUUCUUUCCCAAGAACAAUCAGAAGUCAUGAAAGCUGGUUGUACUCCAGGGGUGUAAGCUUGUGGAGCUGUCGGAGGUAAACUUCCCUCCCUUCCAGUCCCUGUUCCCAUUCCUCAGACAGAGAAUUAUAAUCCCAUAGGAAGUGAGCCCUUUAAUUACAGUUUUUGUCCUGAACAAAGCAUUUACGAUGUGCUAGGCACUUACUGUGCUCUCUCAUUACAGUUUCUCAGCAACUCUGUCAGGCAGAUAUUAUUGAAUACAUUUUCAAAGAGGAAAUAAAGACUUAAUAAUUUGCUCUGAGUCUGGCUUGUUGAAGAGCCAACACUGGAAUCUAGGCUUUCAUGAUUUCAAAAUCUUUCCACUAACCUUAACUAUUAGAAGAGUGUAGGUACUGUAGGAGAAGGAAAAUAUGCUCAUGAAAACCAGUAUAGCAUUGCUAGUGAAGCAGAGUAGACACACGUCUCAACUUACUGAGUCAGAGAAAUAUGAAAAUAAAGGUUAAUUGAAAGUAAGUAAAGUUUAGCACUGUGGAGCUCAUUAAAGCAGAAUUUGUCUAAGUUUUAACAAAGUAAUGCUUUUUAAUGUAUCUUUUGAUUUGAACAUUGUGUUGUAAAAAAGUAACAUGUUACUAGACCAAAGUAGGCUCUGAAUAGUCUAUUGUUGCUCCUCUAUAUGUGAAAAAAA